CCGGGACGGAGGGGGAGUAGGGCCCCGCCCCCGCCCCGGAGGCCCCACCCACUCUACCUGGCGGCGCGCGGGGCCGAAGGCUCAGCCGUCGCCGGAAGCAGCGGUGCCAGCUCGGGGCAGUGGGGCAGGGCACAGGUGCAGCCAACAUGGGUGAGCCCAGGGGGUCCAUGCGGAUCCUAGUGACAGGGGGCUCUGGGCUGGUGGGCAGAGCCAUCCAGAAAGUGGUAGCAGAUGGAGCUGCCCUGCCUGGAGAAGACUGGGUGUUUGUCUCCUCCAAAGACGCGGAUCUCACGGAUGCAGCACAGACCCGAGCCCUGUUUGAGAAGGUCCGACCGACGCAUGUCAUUCAUCUUGCUGCAAUGGUGGGGGGUCUCUUCCGGAAUAUCAAAUACAAUCUGGACUUCUGGAGGAAGAACGUGCACAUCAAUGACAACGUCCUGCACUCCGCCUUUGAGGUGGGCGUCCGCAAGGUGGUAUCCUGCCUGUCCACCUGUAUCUUCCCUGACAAGACCACCUACCCUAUUGAUGAGACUAUGAUACACAACGGGCCGCCCCACAGCAGCAAUUUUGGGUAUUCGUAUGCCAAGAGGAUGAUCGACGUACAGAACAGGUCUUCCUCGCGUGUCUUGCUAAGGCUUUGCCAGGACUGGGAAAGAGGGUUCAAGCUCCACGAGGUGGGUGGGAGGGGCUGGGGAGCCUGUGCUGGGUAUUCUCACGGCCUCUUGCAUUUCCUCUCUAAGAGGCCCAUGGUGGGGAGGAGCGGGGUCAGUGGUCCCAGGGCGAGGGAGGAGAUGCUGUGCCUCCACAGGGCCUACUUCCAGCAGCACGGCUGCACCUUCACCGCGGUCAUCCCCACCAAUGUCUUCGGGCCUCACGAUAACUUCAACAUUGAGGAUGGCCACGUGCUGCCUGGCCUCAUCCACAAGGUGCACCUGGCCAAGAGCAGCGGCUCAGCCUUGACGGUGUGGGGCACAGGCAAGCCUCGGAGGCAGUUCAUAUACUCAUUGGACCUGGCCCAGCUCUUUAUCUGGGUCCUGCGGGAGUACAGUGAGGUGGAGCCCAUCAUCCUGUCAGUGGGUGAGGAGGAUGAAGUCUCCAUCCAGGAGGCGGCUGAGGCUGUGGUGGAGGCCAUGGACUUCCAUGGAGAAGUCACUUUUGAUACAACCAAGUCAGAUGGGCAGUUUAAGAAGACAGCCAGUAACAGCAAGCUGCGGGCCUACCUGCCUGACUUCCGGUUCACGCCCUUUAAGCAGGCUGUGAAGGAGACCUGCACUUGGUUCGCUGACAACUAUGAGCAGGCCCGGAAGUGAAGCCAGGUGGUGGGAGCAAGUGCUGGUGGGUACUCAGCUGGCAGAAAGCCCUGUGGCUGCCACCCCCAGACCCUGCCAGUAGCUGAGAACACUGCCCAGCAACCUAGGCCCACGUUCCAUCUUGCCCUGUGGUUCCAGGCAGCUGUCCAGCUGGGCCAACUCUUAUCUGUCCUCAGGGAAACCAAGGCCUGGCCAAGCCUAGCACUUUGCUCCCCACACUGGUUUCUGGUAAUGAGUGUGUCCACUCUGAUCCUGCUGCCCCUCUCCCGUGGAGCUAAUAAAGUGCAUUUUCACAGG